CGAGUAGCCUUGCCGGUGAACCAGCUCGGGUGAUGAACUUCGUUGCUUGACACGAGGGUAUUGCCAUUUUAGGCGAGAAUCCCGGAUCGCGAUGUAAUAUCCGCGUCAUGAUGCUAUUGUGAAUACUCAAUCUGGGGCUGUGGAGCUACAUCGGUAACGAUCCUACGAAAAGUGAAUGAAAAGAGAGCGAAAUUACAUGGUAAAGUUAGAAUAGAAAUGAUUUGUUGCUAUCAAUUUUUUUUGCUUGCUUCGGGAAAGCCAAUAGGUAGCACAUUAUCUCCGCAGGUAAGUUAACAUGCCGAUCGGAUCCUAUAGCGGGGAUACGGGGAUACGGGGAUGAGAACCCGGAAGACCACGGCAUUCGACAUUUAUGGAGACCCGAUGAUUAUCGGUGCCAUCAUCCGAGGCCGUAAUAUUCCGUACUACGUUGUGCUACCUAGUCUUUAUUCUCUCACCCCAAACACCCGGAAACUGCCUAACGACGGGCAAGAUGUGGCGCUUCCUUCUCAUCCCACGCAUCGUACGAUAAGUUGUCGUCAGCUAUCAUACGACAGCGUCAGCCAUCCGCACUAACUCUGGCUUAAUCGUCAUAUCCACGUAUCCAAUAAGAAUAAUCAGUAGCCUACCUACCUAGGUAUUUCCCAGAAUCAAUUUCACCUAAACAUGCCCAUGAGAAUUAGACCACAUCGCUUCCGUAUACUUUUUAUCUAUUUUCUUAUCGGUGCCUUUACUGCAGUUCUAUGCAUGGUUUUCUUUCGACCUAGUCCCGGUGUCGCUCUCAACCGAUUAUCUAACUUACUAUUCACCACAAUGUCAGCCACUGCAAAAAAGCCCGUGAUCGUAAUUGGUUCCGGACUUGCCGGCUUGUCCGCUGCUCACGAAGCGCUGCGAGAGGGCGCCUCGGUCCGCUUGCUUGACCGCGCGCCUAAGCCAGGUGGAAAUAGUAUCAAGGCUUCUUCCGGAAUCAAUGGUGCUGGGACCAGGUUUCAGCAGGCCCUGAACAUCCCAACAGACGAGAGUUUCUACUCAGAUACAGUGCGUUCCGCGGGCAGUAAAUUCACCGAGAACAAUCCUCCAGGUAUAGAUCGCGAGGCUUUAGUCAAGAUAUUGACAGGCCAAUCCGAGAAUGCCGUCAGCUGGCUUGCGGAUGAGCUGAAUGUCGAUUUGAGCGUUGUAGCUCAGCUAGGAGGUCAUUCGGUCCCGCGGACGCAUCGCGGUGGGGGAGAAUUACCGCCGGGUGCGGCCAUUAUAUCCGCGCUAUUGAGUAAGAUAAAGGCCAACCCGGCCUUCACUUUAGAGAACUCAGCAGAAGUUGAUAAAUUACUCGUCGAUGAUAGCGGUGCCGUCAAGGGAGUGGGCUACCGUACAUCCGACGGCAAGACACAUGAGCUUGAAGGCCCAGUGAUCUUUGCGGCCGGUGGGUUUGCCGGCGAUGCCCAAGGCCUGUUAGCCAAGUAUCGACCCGACUUGGCAGGAAUGCCAUCCACAAACGAGGAACGCCCAGCCUCUCACGGUUUGCUCUCUACAAUCGGCGCCGCGCUUGUUGACAUGGAUAGCGUGCAGAUUCACCCGACAGGUUUCGUUUUUCCAAAGGGCGCUGGCAAUUCUUACAAGGUCGUCCCCUUUAAAAGGGAGAAUUCUUCUCACGAGCCAGCUGACGCCAAACCGGCGGGUACUUCUCAACUGUUCCUAGCCGCUGAAGCCCUGCGAGGUGAAGGUGGAAUUCUGCUCUCUGGUAACGGCGAGCGAUUCGUUAACGAACUAGAUACUCGUGACGUCGUUAGCAAUGCAAUUAUGGCUCUUCCUCAGUCCACUGAUAAGUCGAUGAGGUAUUGGGAAGUAAUUCUUCUUCUGGAUCCGGGUGCAUGCGAAGCCACUGCGUCGCAUAUUAAGUUCUACCUCUGGAAGGGCCUGGUACAGAAAGUCAAGGUCAAGGAUUUAGCUCCGGAAAUUAUCGCUUCAAUAGAUAAGUACGCAACCACGGUCUCGGAACACGGAGAGGAUCCAUUCGGAAGGAAAUCUUUCGGACAUUGGAAAUUGCCACCUGGUGAGGCUAAUCGCGAGGAAGAGGUGUGCGUUGGGACGGUGACACCGGUAGUUCACUUCACGAUGGGUGGAGUGGCGUUUGAUACGAAGGCCCGAGUUCUGCGGUCGACAGAUGGAGGCAAGUUAACGCCAAUACCCGGGAUCUGGGCUGCUGGUGAGAUCACUGGGGGCAUACACGGAGCUAAUAGGCUUGGUGGUUCAUCCUUGCUUGAGUGUGCCGUGUUUGGUAGGAUCGCAGGCACUGAGGCUGCGCGGAGUUUGAUAAUAUCGUAAUAUGAUGUAACACUUUACUUUUACUUGUCGCCAACUUCAGCUACAACGAAAAAAAGGAAAGCAUACUCACCAGACGAAACAAGGAUACCUACUAUGUACUGACGGUCGCUAAAAUUACAAGGACAAUGGUCUCAAGGACUGUACCUAUAUCUCCUCACGACUUUCGAUCCCACGUUCUUGAUAUGGACCGAUGGAAAGAUCAAUUCCAAAAUUCAAAGACUGACACAAAUAAAAAUUCCAAGUUUUAAUUGUUUGUUGGUUGAUUUAACAGCUAAGUGCUUCAAAGAGAGAGUACGUGCGAUCUUUGAUAGACAUCAAAUUACCCAACACUUUAUGGCGAGAGCUGCAUCUUUCGGGACCCCCUAGUGCUUGAGUUUGAGCUUAGGUAUUGCGAGUAGAAAUAACUUAUUACGACGGAUUCUAGGUUUUUUUACGAUGAAAUUCGAUGCUUUUUUUCUCAAUGAC